AAUUACCACAACAUUUCAGGGGUACUGAUCUAAAAUCUGUCGAUUUUGAAGACCAAAAUGGCAAAUAAUUACGGUAUUUCCGAUGCAGAAUUAAAUUUGAUUAAGCAGCAGGCUGCCCGCCGUGCUGGUUUACGUAAAGAGUUUCUGAAGCAAAGAACCAACCCUUGGAAACAUGCCUCCGAAGCUGGUUAUGUUUUCGACAAGGGUAUCCAACAGUUUAUGUCGAUGAAAGUGACUCAGUAUGAUCACUUUAAACCUAAUAUGAGAACUAGUUUAUUUGGAAUAUGUGUUAUCGUUUUACCUAUGCUUGGAUAUGGUUACCUUUGUUUCAACGAACGGGCUCAACGCGAAGCGAAGAUCAGGAGUGGUGAACUGCGCUACAGGGAAAGAACCUGGAAGUUAGCUUAAUCAAAACAAUUGAAAAACAUAAUAGUUGUAUAGUUCAAUAAAAUAAUUUAAUGUCGAAAUACUA